AUGCGCAUAAUUCUAAAGGACGAUACGCCAAUUUUUGCCAGACCAAAAGGAUUGCCGUUUGCUGAGGCGCGCCUAGUAGAAGAGCAAGUAGAAGAAUGGCUACGAAAUGGAACCAUUGAAGAGUCUGACUCCGAGUUCACAAGCCCCGUAGUAAUGGUAAAAAAACGGGACGGCUCUCCACGACUCUGUGUUGAUUUUCGAAGGAUCAAUAAGCUGACUCGCAAAGGCAUUGCUUUGCAAUACAUCGAUGACGUCAUCAUAACGGCUUUGAACGAAGAAAAUGUAGUACUCAAUCUGAAGGAGGUUAUUGACACCAGUGCAGAGUAUGGUCUUGAGCUGAAUCUUAAAAAAUACUUGACUAAGAACAAUACCAAAUUUUGUAUGGGUCCGAAAGAAGAACUGUCCGUUAACAAUCUGAAGAAGAUAUUGACCGCAAAUCCAGUUCUAAGCAUCUACAAUCAAAAACUAGAGACUGAAGUCCACACCGAUGCAUCCAGUACAUUUUAUGAGCAAGAAAACCACUGA